AUGAACGUCGUGGCUUUUCUCCGCCAUGGCCUGCGCCUUUUGGUGCCGCUCUCGGUAGCUUUCACUCUCUACCUCUACCUCUUCCCCGUCAUCCAAGGAUGCGCAUUCCCCGUCGAGUCGCGCGAUAGCCACGAGGCUUAUUCCCUUACAAAAAAGUUCCACUGGCCUUCGACGCCGACGGCCGACGAUAAUGCGAAGCUUGCGCCUUUUCGACUGCUUGCCCUGGGCGAUCCCCAGUUAGAAGGCGAUACAUCGAUUAUUACAAACUACUUGGGCACGUUUCCACAUAUCAAGUCUGCCUACAAGAAAGUGACUUUUCAGACGAGCCAUUGGUGCUUUCGUGAGAGAGUUAGACAGAUUAUCCAUGAUAUUGUUGAUGUUUUCAUGGAGGAUCUUCCUUACUGGCUCAUGUCGCAGCGCAAACGUGUUGAUCUAUGGGGCAACGACUUUUAUCUGGCGCAUAUUUAUCGUCAGGUAAACUGGUGGACCAAUCCUACCCACGUCUCAGUGCUGGGCGACCUUGUCGGUAGUCAAUGGAUCGACGACAAGGAGUUUGAGAAGCGAGGCCAACGGUUCUGGAACCGUGUGUUUAAAGGAACAGAGAGACUUUCGGACGAAUUGGCGAAAUACCCGAGUACCAAUCACACAAUAUCUGGAGUUUUGGAUGGUAGCGAGGAACAGAAAGCUUGGAAGAAGAGAAUGCUCAACGUGGCAGGAAACCACGAUAUUGGAUACGCUGGAGACCUGACAGAGGAGCGAUUGGAACGCUUUGAACGGGUUUUUGGAAAGACCAACUAUGAGCUUCGUUUUGAGCUGCCCAUUACAGAUCCUGAGACGAGAGCUACUCUGUACUCGGACGAAAACCCCGAUUCUACAAAAGUGAUGCCUCAGCUGCGCAUCAUUGGUGUCAACGAUAUGAACCUCGAUACACCGGCCAAGUCUAUCCCUCUUCAGGAUGCUACAUAUGGCUUUAUCAACGAUGUCAUCGGGACUUCAGGUGCAGUGCAGUACAAGGGAGAGUUUACGCUGAUCCUCACGCAUAUUCCUAUGUACAAGCCCGAGGGUAUCUGCGUUGACGCACCGCUCUUUGACUUUCACACUACUGCCGACGGCGGGGGUCUAAAGGAGCAGAACCAGCUCAGUGUUGAUGCCACCCGGGGUUUCUUGGAGGGCAUGUGGGGUAUGAGCGCAAAGAGCAAUGCUCCUGGCAAAGGUUAUGGUCGUCCUGGUCUGAUGCUUAAUGGUCAUGACCACGCAGGUUGCGACACGUACCACUACAUCAACCAAACAAACGGAACAGACCCUUCGCAGCGAUCAUGGCAAGUAGCUAGUUGGUCCGACGCCCAAGCGCAGCAAAUCCCAGGAAGCGAGGGUAUUCCUGGCCGACGCGAGAUCACGGUACGCAGCAUGAUGGGCGACUUUGGUGGGAAUGCUGGUCUGUUGAGUCUAUGGUUUGACCAAGAAACCUGGGAGUGGAAGUUCGAGUACGCCACGUGCCCCCUUGGAAAUCAGGUCUUUUGGUGGUUCACACAUAUCUGGGAUGUAUGCGUGAUGGUCUGGGUGGUGCUGUACGCCGUACUUUCGAAUCUUGAGACUCGUGGUGUUGACGUUGAUGGUUGCGCUGCGAGAACGUGGGACUAUGUGCUUCGGAGACGAGAGAAGAAACCUAUUGCGAAGAAGUAA